UCGGAGACUGAAGAGAACAAGAACAAAGGAAAGAAAACCUGAAGGAGUUUUUUCCUUGAAGCGAUUCGAAAUUCCAAGUUCCAUUGUUGAAGGUUGAAAAAUGUCGUGGCAAACGUAUGUCGACGAUCACCUUAUGUGUGAGAUUGAAGGCAACCAUCUCACCUCUGCCGCUAUCAUCGGACACGACGGUAGUGUUUGGGCGCAGAGUGCCUCAUUCCCUCAGUUUAAGCCGGAGGAGAUUUCAGCAAUUAUGAAGGAUUUUGAUGAGCCUGGUUCUCUUGCCCCAACUGGUUUACACCUUGGUGGCACCAAGUACAUGGUUAUCCAGGGAGAGCCUGGAGCUGUUGUUCGUGGGAAAAAGGGCGCUGGCGGAGUUACUGUGAAGAAAACUGAGAAAGCCAUGAUUGUUGGAAUCUAUGAUGAACCUGUAACUCCAGGACAAUGCAAUAUGGUUGUUGAAAGGUUGGGAGAUUACCUGAUCGAACAGGGUUUGUAAGCCAUGUCUCCUCCUCCUCCUCCCCCUCCUCUGCUUUACCAAUUUUGAUUUUGGUUGCUUUCUUCCAUUCCAUCUCUCAUUUCAUAUUAUUAAUCUCGCGAGCUAUGUUCUUCGUUCAAUAUCCAUGAGUUUCCUUACCAGUUUCUGUAGUUUCUCAUAAUAUUGAGUUAUCUCAAAUACUCCUUUAAAGGAGAGAAUAAUUCAUGUUCAGAUGAUUUGGUUCUUGGUCUACUUAUUUUGUUCAUGUCU